AUGACUUCAGUUGCAAGGAUCGGGCCAGCGAUAGAAGUACGACAGAUCGACUCCCACACAUACGAAGGCGAAUUCGUCAAAGGCUGGACCAUCGGGACAGUCCCCCACGGUGGCUAUGUAACAGCCUGUAUCCAAAGCGUCAUACAAAAGCACUUCUCCACGACUCUGAAGAAGCAGAACCAACCUCACACAAUCACCCUCCACCUCGACUUCCUGCGUCGAACAGAACUCGGGCCAACGCACUUCAAAGUCAAGGACAUCAAGCUCGGACGCCAGACAUCUGUAGUCCACAUCACACUCUCACAGGGUGAUCGCGAGGAAGUUGUGGGCUAUAUCACGAACAGCAAUCUCGAUACCGAGACUGGAAUCACAGCACCAACUGGUUGGGUCAUAAAUCCACCGCCACCACGAGCCGACAUCGCCAAGUUCGACUCAGACACCGAUGAGAUUUGGGGCGAGCGCAAGCUGUGGCCUUUUAGUGACUUCCGACUCGCCAGUGAGCGGAUACGGUCCUGGUUCCCUCGCAAGGGUCAGCACAGCAAGGCUAUCGUAGACCAAUGGCUUUCAUUCCGCGAGCCAGACGAUCGAUGGACAAACGACACGCUAGGCUUUCUCGUGGACGUCUUCCCGCAGAUCCUGGAGAACUACUUGCUAGCUCCACUGGAUCCCUAUAGUGUCGAGAUGGAGCGAAAGCAUGGGGUGGAGGAGCAGAAUAGGUUGAUGAAGGGAAAGGCGAGGAUGUGGUAUCCCACACUUCUGCUGAAUCUCGACGUCAAGAAAGCUCUGCCUAAGGAGGGUGUGAGAUUCCUCUUCGUCCGGCUUCAAGCGAAGAUGAUCAAGAAUGGUCGGUACGAUUUGGAGCUCAUCGUGAAAGAUGCCGAGGGCGACUUAGUGGCUCUAAGCCAUCAUGUCGUACUCGCCGUAGACUCUUCGCGGAAUACUGCGGCGCGGCGUACAGUAGAUAAAGCAUCCGCGAAGUUGUGA